UUGUCGUUAUAUUAGUAAAAUUGAACAUUAUUUUGGUCAAUGAGGUCUGACAUUUAGAAACAAGUACCUGGAGAUGCCUUGGUAGCGACAGCACCCAAGGGUCUGGCAAGUAACCGUUGAAAUGCUAACAUUGCUGGCUGUGUUGUGAAAGUGCCUAGCCAAGGUAAUUGAUGCAUCCAACAUAUCAGCCCAUUUCGGUCAGCGCAAAAGCAACAACAACGACGACAGCUUUAAACUAGACAUUAGCAUCAACGCAGCAUCAACUACGUCUUAAUCGGUGAAAAUUGGCAUGACGGUCAACUUCUGGACAACACUGCCAUUUGCGUUCGCUUCCUACUAUACCGAGCAAGCACACAGCGGAAACUGCAGCGCUAAACUUCAGCUCACCGUCGAUACAUGCAUAAACAUUCGACGACAAGUAACGACGUUGGACAAUUCGAGAUUACCGAGCGCAGAAGCUCAUCGCCCAGCUGUCCGAGGGGGAACGAGGAAAUCGAAUGUUGCUCCUCUCUCCUUCAACUCUCUCCCUUUGUUUCAUACACUACCUCACCGGUAUCUUCAACAAGAGCAACAAACCAACUCAAUUAAAAAUACAUACAACACACCACGCCAACCAGAUACCCACUGUAAACCGAUGCACGAUGAAAACUCAGCUUAGACGCCAUGAGUCAGAUAUUACUUUACUGCUCGAUCACUGCAACAUA